UUGAAAUUUAUUUUCCAAAUGAUUUUUGCGAUUGUGUUUACCUCGGAUUUUGCAAAAACGAUUAGCAGACGAAACAAGUUUCUCAUAUUGAUAAUCGCGGGCCAAAAGUGUUAAACACGUGCUUUUGAUCUAGGGUGGAAAAUACGCGGGAAGUUAAGGUUUCCUACGAUGUCUUCCACUGACCAUGAAUUCAAAAAUCUUACGCUGAAAGACAUUCGUGUUCACCGAGAGAAAAUCCAACAGUUUUUGGACACCACUUACAACAGAGCUGAAAAUGCUGUUGAAAAUCUAUUUGUCAACGGUAGCAAUCCAGAUGUGCUGGAAAAUCUUGAUAUGAUGAAUACUGUGCUCAAGGAAUGCAGAGAAAAGUUGGCUACAGUUGCCAAUGCAAUCCCAGAUGAAAAACAUAAUUUAUGUCCAAGCAACCAAAAUCAGGAAGCAACAGGUUCUGUUUGCAAUUUGAUUGUACCCAAAACAAGUAUUGUGUUUAAUAAACCAUACUUGGUUGAAAUUCUUUCACCUGGUUCACCAAGCAGAUUUUGGCUUAAACUAGAAUCUACUUCAGUCGAAAGUCUUGAAGAACAACUCAACGUUGCUUAUCGUAAUUGCACCCCAUUAAAGAUGCUGCCUUGUCCUGGCACUUUUGUUGUUUGUUUACACUCGGGAAAGUAUUGUAGAGGAAAAGUGAUAACGGCCAUGGAGUUCAAAACAGCUGCAACUACCCUGGAAAUCAUAUUGGUUGAUUAUGGGGAAACCAUUACAGCUGCAGUUGACCAGCUCUAUUCUAUCCAAAAAUCAUUCUGUCUUGAACCUGCCCAUGGUUUGUUAUGCGCGAUGCACGAUUUAGAACCAGUGAAGGAGAUAUGGGAACCGAACGCCAUAUUGUUCUUUAAUCAGUCGUGCGAAAGCAUAAUAGCAGUCUUCCGUCGUCCCCCUAAAGAACACGAGAAUACCGAGACCUUCUUGAAUUACAUUCCAGACUAUUACGUGUCCCUCCGUAAUAGAGAUUGCAAAAAGAUUAUGGAUGUAGCAAUGGCUAUGAUCGAAAAGGGAAUGGGAAAGCCGUUCAACCCGCAUCCGUUAUCGCACGCAGUUUCCUCCGAUCUCGUCAAUAACGAGCCUCCUCGUGUUCAAGAAUCUUUCUCAGAAAGUCUCUCGUUCGAGAUGGAACCGAAAGAAAGUUUGUUGAAGACGAAUCUUUCGUUGAAAAGCAGUACGCUUUCGGCCAAUCAAAAAUCUAAGAGUAUAAAAUCGCUGAAUGUCGAUGCACAAGAAUUCGUUUCCCCCAGGCCGUACUUCGUCGAAAACAAGCAACAGAACGCUGAGAACGGAACUAGAAAUCGUUCUGAUCAGGAUGAAAAUCUAAUGGGAACUAAACGAACCUCGUGUUCUGGCUCAGCCAAUGUAGCACUGUCCUCUGCAACAGAUCAGAACGCCAAAAUCCGUGCAAUUCCGUUAAAAAUCUCUACAACUAAGAAAAGCUCUCCUGCCACAUUAACAAGUAAUAUGGUGGAUGAUAUUGAUGCUCUCCUUUUCGUACCUCCUGCCAACAGGGCAUCGCCCUUGCAAUCGUAUAGUUUAGAACAUAACUCAUCGGAUGCGAUUCCUUCUGAUGUGCUGUUCCGCGAUCCACCCGAUCCCUUGUUGAUGAAGCAAUUUUUGGAUUCCGAUCAUCAGGACUCGAACAAAACUCCAAUCUCAUUGAGGUAUCAAUAUGGAUCGAUCCUUAAACCACGAAAGUCGCCAGCGCUUGGAAAUUCAAGUUUAAACACACUUUACUGCCGUUUCUCGCAUGUGAUAUCACCAACUCAUUUCUAUGUCCAUCUACGUGACGAGAUUUCAACCAUCGUCAAGCCGCUGUCUGAACGUUUAAAUGAGUUGUAUGAAAACUCACAACCAGUACCUGUUACCCAGCCGGAGGUGGGAUCGUUUUGGGUCGUCCAAGAAAAGCAAACCAACUUUUGGUCACGCGCAGAAAUUCUUAGUGUUGAGACCAACGACGAAAUCGGAUGGAAAACUCCGGGCGAAAUCAAACAUAAAACAACUUGUACCGUCUUUUUAGUGGAUUGGGGGAACGUCGAAGUUGUCGCAGUUUGCCACUUAAGACCCCUAGUCAAAGAAAUCGUGAAAAUCCCUUGCUUGGCACUCCUCUGUCGGCUUGACGGAAUUUACCCUUUUCAAAAAUCGGAGAAUUCUGAAGAAUGGUCGUUGGACGCAACCGACAAAUUCAUCGAACUAGCAGGCAUCGAUCAAGAGUUGACGGCCUUAUUCAGUUCGACGCAUUUAGACAGAAAUGGUGCACUUCCACUCCUCAUGUUGAAAGAUGGCGACGAUCAAAAAUACUCGGUGAACGAGCAACUUGUUCUACUUGGCUUUGCGUCCUCCAACGUUUUCCAAGAAGCAGCUAGUAUUACCAAAAUUUAUAAUUUUCCUUUCAAGGUGGUAACCACAGGUUACACAUUUUCAGAGCAACCUGUCCUAGAUGAUGUUGAGUCAGAAUGGGGUGAUCCUAUGUACGACGAUUACUACUCUCCUAUGAAUACUGCUGCGCUGAACACUGAAAACUACGACUCGGUAACUACGGGUUACAUUCCUAAAGAUGAAGAGAGAAUUUGUCGAUUUUUUGCAGCGAAAGGAAGUUGCUACAAAGGUAUCAAGUGUGAUCAUUUGCACAGCAACGAACGGAAAAACGUUUCGACAGAAGACAAAAUUGAAGUUUACGUCCAUAUACCUUCUUUACAUUUGGUUUCGGGAUCCCUGGUCCAUGUACAAGUAACAUGCGUCCUUAGCGCAUUUCGAUUCUAUGGCAUCUUACCUCAUGGAACGAGAAAUUUGCAAUAUGCAUCCACGGAUGACGAAGAAAGCGAAACGCUGGAAUCUUUGCAGAAAGCUCUACAAGAAGAGUACACCACCAAUUACUUUCCACAUAGGAUUACUGUAGCUCCAUCUGCUGGCGACAUUGUUAUCGCUCGGUCUCCAGAAGACAACAAGUGGUAUCGUGGAAGAGUAAUGGAAGAAGGAGAGAACGAUUUUUUCGGAAUUUAUUUCGUAGAUUACGGAAAUUCACAGUUGGUGCAUAUGAGGAACAUUUGCAACCCGAUGCCACGAUUUGUUCAUUUACCAACUCAAGCUGUUGAAAUGUUUCUGAAUGGAGUCGAAACUUCAGCGGAGGCCAACACCAUUGAAGCACAAAAUGUGCUAGUUUCCUUGAUAAAGAACCGAGAUCUCGUGGCAAGGGUAGUUCACAUCAUGCCUUUUGUAUGCGUCGAUCUUUACGACACUUCUGGUCCUCCCGAAAUUGACGUCGCAUCCGAAAUGAUUCGCCUGAAAGUUGCUCGAAAGGCCAAAAGGAAACCAUUCUGUCUACAGAAACGAGGCAAAGAAGUUGCUGGUUAAAACGAUUUCAGCCAAUCUCAGCGUGAGCUAUUUAUUGUGCUUUUAAGUGCCUGUGUGAUGCAAUUUCGCGGUAUCCCGGGUGUAAACUGUUGCGAUCGUAUAAAAUUUACCUUCAUAGGAGGUUGCAAUACAUCAACAAUGCAGAUGUGAA